GGGCUUCCAGCAGUGCAUCCUCUAGCCGCCAACUGGAGGAACGCGUUGACCACGUAGUGGAAAUGCUCGACGACAUCAGCACCUUCGCUGCGUCGACCACCAUCAGCAGUCAGCUGCAUACAUUGAAGACCGAGGUCCAGCAGUUACAGUCGACGAACACGGAUGACAAUCCGAAGAUGUACAAGAUGCCAACUUUCCAACUGGACAAGUUUGACGACUACACACAGCAGGAUCCGGUCCUCUGGUGGGAAGCAUUCACAACGCAACUCAGGAUUCUGCCCGUAGCCAAGCAUGCGUACAUCGGCGCCCUGUUCCUGAACUCAAAGGGCGGAUGCCAGACCUGGUUGAGCCACCUGGCAACCUCCCACGGCGUCGACGUACCGGACUUGAAGGACAAGAUCACAUGGGAGGAACUGACACGGCUGUGGAAGAAGCGGUUCAUCGUCGAAGACGCGCCGGCACUCGGCAUCAACCGUCUGUUCACCAUGUCACAGGGCAACAUUGCAACAUGGGAUUGGCUCACGGAGUGGCAGAAGAUUGCGACGGUGCCCAAUCUGGAAUUGGCAUUCACGCAUCUACGCCGUGAGUUCUACAACAGGUCAUGUGCGGCAUUGAGCCAGGCUCUUGGUGAUCGCGAGCAGUACUCAACCUUUGCUGAGAUCAUUGACAAAGCAAGGGAGAUCAUCAAGACCAACAGGUCAGCUGCACACGAGAAAUCAACAUGGCAGCCGACCUAUGUGGAGAAGGUACGAACUGGUCCGCGACAGCAGCACUUCGCUGCAGUCCAGUCGGACAGUGGAGAUAACCCAGCAGCCACUCCAGCAUCAAGUGACGGAGAUCAGGUGGCUGCUGUCCAGCCGCGAAGCAACAACAAGUCCCGCAACAAUGGGAAGGCGAAAUCAGCAUCGCAGGCCGGAAAUGGACAGCCAAUACAAGUUCCAUGGGUCAAGUUCGGCUUGACCGAGGCGGAGUACAAGGUCCGCGGCCGCUACGGCAGCUGCUAUUGGUGCAACAGCACCAAGCACAAGACCUCCCUGUGCCAGGAUCAGGGCAAGGAGGAUGUGCGMCCCCGCCUCAGCUUGGGAAACCGAGCUGCGCGGAAGCUCGACCCAUUGACGUUCACGGACUUCCAGUGGAUGCCCGUUCCCUCGACCGGACGAUUGCCGAAACCGCAUUGCAACGUGCUCAUGGCACAAUUGUGGGAUUACUUGCACAUUGCAGUACCCACUCCGUUGAUGGACGCCGGAGUAGAGGUUGUCGACCUUUACGUCUACAUUGGGAAGAUCGACCGCGAGUUCAAGACGCAACGGUAUGACGACAUCGACGCACCAUUGCUAUAUGUACGCAUUCAGAUCGGAGAAGUGACCUGCAGCGCUUUGAUCAAUUGCGGAGCAUCUCGCAACUACAUCAGCCAGAACUUCAUGGUGCGCGCCGGCCUUGGCCCACGCGUUCGGAGGGAGCCCCAGCCUACGCAAGUCACAUUGGUGGACGGUCACAUGCACAAGUCAAUCGACCGGUGCAUUGACAGCGUCCCUGUGUACUUUGCCCCUCACGCAAGUGAGGCGGUGUCCUUUGACAUUCUGGACACCAAAUUCGACAUGAUCUUGGGCAUGUCAUGGCUGCGAAGCAAGGMUCACCCSGUGAACUUCUUCAACCGCACCGUUCACGUUCGUGAUCGGAACGGAGUAUUAGUUCCAUGCACGGUGCCUCUUCCUCAUCCUUCGAUCAGCUGCCAAGUGGUAUCCGCCGCAAGCAUGCGAGCUUCCAUCAUCAGAGACGACAUCGAGGAGAUGGGGGUGUGUUUUCUCUAUGCCCUCCCGCCCCAUGACGCUUCAUCGACGGACUCACCUUCGGAUCCACGCAUCACCGAACUUCUCGACGCCUACAGCGACGUGUUCGAAGGCCCGCACGGAGUAGUACCGGAUCGGCCCAUCCGCCACGAGAUCAUACUCGAGGACGGGGCCGUACCUCCGCGCGGUUGCAUCUACCGAAUGAGCGAGGAUGAGUUAAGUGUGCUUCGGGCACAACUCGACGACCUUCUGGAGAAAGGCUGGAUUUGGCCUAGCUCAUCGCCAUACGGUGCUCCUGUUCUCUUCGUCCGGAAGAAGAACAAGGAUUUGCGGUUGUGCAUCGAUUAUCACAAGCUCAACGCGCAGACGAUCAGAAACGCCGGCCCUCUCCCACGCAUCGACGACCUUCUCGAGCGACUGGGCGGCGCCAAGUUCUUCUCCAAGCUCGAUCUCAAGUCGGGAUAUCACCAACUUGAGAUUCGCAAGGAGGACCGUUACAAAACCGCGUUUAAGACGCGAUAUGGGCAUUUCGAAUGGCUGGUCAUGCCAUUUGGCCUUACGAAUGCCCCGGCCACUUUCCAAGCGGCUAUGACAACGGAGUUCCGAUACAUGCUGGAUCGAUACGUACUUAUCUAUCUCGACGACAUCCUGGUGUACAGCCGGAGUUUGGAGGAGCAUGUGGAACACCUGCGCACCGUUCUGGAGCGGCUACGACAAGCCAAGUACAAAGCCAACCGCGACAAGUGCGAAUUCGCGCGGCAGGAGCUGGAGUAAAAUUCAAUGCCUAAGUUCUUCGCAAAGGUUUCGUUGGCAAUACAUUACCCCUGAG